AUGACCAUUACGUUGCCAACUUAUAUCUACCGUCUUCUCUCAUGGUCAUUUACACUUCACCUGACCUUCACGACAGUUCUGAUCGCCAUUGCGAUCCUUUGCUUUGUCAUAUGGGCUGUGAUCCGCUAUCGAAUCCUUACAAAGUACUCACGUCUGCCAGAGACGAAUCCAGGCAAGCAUGUGUCCUCUUUCGAUUUGCAUCCAGAUAAUCCUUUCAAGAGUCCUCGAGAAGAAAAAGGGGGGAUGAGCUACCCGGACGAAUUUUUGAGCGCUUUUCUCUCCAGCAUCAAAAUUUUCGGAUAUCUCGAGCAACCUGUGUUCCACGAAUUGGCCAGGCAUCUUCAGACACGACGCAUGCUUGCUGGAGAUACCAUUUUACAAAGCCCGGAUUUGGAACGAUCGUUCUAUAUUGUGGUCGAUGGCUGUGUACAAGUGUAUGAACAAAUACCUAGGGAGGAAGAUGGAGAGGACGAAGAUCACGCCACGACUUAUUGGGAUGAUGAUCCAGAUCACGGUUAUCAACUGUUGAAUGAAGUCAAAAACGGCGGCACGCUCAGCAGUUUAUUCACAAUCUUGUUGCUAUUUACAGAAAAUGUGAAAUUAAGGCAUGAGGAUGAGCCCUUGAAGGAGUUCAAGCGUUCAGAUUCAAGGUUAAUCCGAUCCGGUAACAAUCCAAACUGCACCUGUGAGGAUCUUAACACUAACCCCGCUGCCACUGCUUUUGGGAUGUCUUCAGGAGAACAGCUAUCCCAUUCAGAAGAACGAAAGCGGUGUGAGGGCUGUACAAGUGGAAAUGGUGGAGGCUCAAGCUCUGCUGGUUCCGGUAAAUGGAAGUACUCACCUGGGCUUCGAGCCAAGAACACCAUCCACACAGCAACCAGUCCACUCUCUAAUCCGGAUCACAUAACCGUAUUUGAAAACAACGAUGAAAGCGAAGACGAUGGUGACGAGCAGUACAUGGGAGGAAACUUACAAUCACCUGAGAGUAGUGAUAAGACCCCUCGCCAGAGGUAUAUUCACGGCUUUGAGAGCAUAGAACAAGAUAGACGAAAUUCACAGGACAGAGACAGCAGAGAUCGCUCUCCUAAGCUCACCUCCCCAGAUACAUCAGGGCAAGGACAGGGACAGUACCAAGCAUCCAAAAUGAAGCGCCGGGUAAUUGUGGCGAAGGCCAUGGUCGAUACGACGCUUGCGGUCAUUCCUGCAGAAGCAUUUCAUCGUCUGACACAAAAAUUUCCGCAAGCUGCAGCUCAUAUUGUGCAGGUGAUUUUGAUUCGUUUUCAGCGCGUGACCCUAUUGACAGGACACAAGUACCUUGGCCUGACCAAAGAACUAUUGCGGAUGGAACGAUCCAUCAAUGAGAUUGGAAGCUAUGGUCUACCGCCCAACUUUUUCAGACCCAGGACUAUGGAGUAUCUAAAAGCUAAGUUUAGCACUGUUUGCGAGGAGAGUGAUGAGGAUGAUGACCAGCCUAUUGCGAUCCGAAUUAGGAAAUCGCGCAAUGGAGCCGCCAGUCAUUUGCAUGGUAAACAUCCGGGCGAUAACUCACCAGCUGUCCCCAGUCCAAACUCCCUGUCGUCUAUUGCCGAGAGUAGCGAGCAUGUGCGCCAUGGAUCAGGAUUUUCGGCUCUGAUGGGAGACAGCAACGAAGAGGAGGAUAAUUAUCUGCGUGACCAAGUUAUGGAGUGUCUUUCUCGAAGUAUCGGCCUUGUUCAGAUGCCUUCCCACAAGCCCAGCAAUACUAGCUUACGUCCAGAUCCAAAGCCCUUGGGCAACUCGGACUACUUCUCUGCAGUCCUUCAAGCCAAUAUAAAUGGGGGAGGAGGUAUUGGUACGAACACUGGCUUCGUGGGAGGAGGGUAUCCGAUGAGGAAGACUAACUCCAACACUAAUUCGGAUACAGCGAGUGUUGGUCCAGAUGAUGUUACUGCAACAUCCAACUCGUCAUCGACAGUACCAUCAGUCAUGAGUGAAGUGGAGAAUGAUGUUGAGAUCAUGUACUUCCCAGCUGGAGCUAAGCUGGUCGAGGAAGGAGAGCGAAAUGCAGGGUUGUUCUUUGUGAUUGAUGGUGUACUGGACGUCUCAAUAAGUCCUAAGCAAGACGCUAAACUUCCAGGAAUGAAUAAUAGCAAUAUCAGUGGUAGCCACCUUAAUGAUUCUCCAAGAAAUAUGUUUGGACACCAUAUUUCGUCGCUUGACUUGAAGGCUCACAUCCCUAGACCGUCCGCUGUGCAUUCUCAAACAUCAUCGACCAAGAAGUCGCCACGCUAUCAAAAUCAGCCUAAUGGCAAUGGAAACUCGCGGACGUCCAUGUCAGGAACUCAUCGUCAUGGCGGAAAUGAACCACACCCACUAUUCUCAAUCAAAGCAGGAGGGUUAGCAGGUUAUUUGUCUGCACUCUCUGGAUAUCCAUCAUUCGUGACGAUCACGGCUCGAACAAAUGCCUAUGUAGGAUAUCUGUCCAAAGUAGCACUGGAUCGUGUCAUGGAACGUAACCCCACAAUCUUAUUGACACUUGCCAAGCGUCUGAUCACCGUGGUAUCUCCUAUUGUAUUACAUUUGGAUUAUGCAAUGGAGUGGAUGCAGGUAUCUGCAAGUCAGGUGCUCCAUCGGAAAGGUGAUGAUUGCGACUCGAUCUAUAUUGUCUUGAAUGGUCGUUUGCGUACGAUCAACGAAAAGGAGCCUGGCAAGAUUGAAAUUCUCAAUGAAUACAGUCAAGGAGAAUCUGUAGGGGAGAUGGAAGUGCUAAUGGGGUCACCGUUUCCUUCAACUCUCCAUGCGAUUCGUGAUUCAGAAGUGGCUCGAAUGCCUAGAACCUUGUUUAAUGCGUUGGCAUAUCGUCAUCCCGAGAUCACAAUCCGGAUCUCAAGAUUGAUUGCUCAGCGUGCUAGUGAUGCGCUGAUUAAUAAUCCAAAGUCCGUGGGAGUGACGCCUGAUUCUGCAAUUAAUAACUCGAAUUUGAGGACGAUCGGUAUCUUGCCUGUGUCACCAAAUGUGCCCGUGAAUGAGUUUGCAGAUCGCCUGAAGGCUGCUCUGGUUGGAAUUGGCUCGACUUGUACGCUUUUGAAUCAUAGUACGGUGAUGAAUUUGUUGGGGAAGCAUGCUUUCGCAAAGAUUGGAAAGCUGAAAUUAGAUAACUGGUUGACUGAGCAAGAAGAGACUGCACAAAUUGUGCUGUAUCUUGCAGACGGAGGAUUGACCUCACCCUGGACUCAGACAUGUAUCCGACAAGCUGAUUGCAUCUUGUUGGUGGGCCAUGGAGAUGGAGAUCCUACUGUGGGUGAUUAUGAGAGGUUAUUGGUUAGUAUGAAAACGACCGCGCGAAAGGAAUUGGUGUUGCUGCAUGCCCAGCGACAUUGUUUACCAGGAUCUACAGCAGCUUGGUUGAAAUCAAGGAUAUGGGUACAUGCACAUCAUCAUGUCCAAAUGUCAGUCAAAGGCCCGACAAUGCUUGGAGAGACAUCACGAAAAAAGACGAUCAUGAACUUGAAGGACCAUCUUGAAAAGUUUUAUACCAACAUUCGACACAAUAAUGUUCAAAAGAGCCCAGCGUUCACAGGGAACAGGAGCGAUUUUGCAAGACUGGCGAGACGGUUGACAGGUCGAACAGUGGGAUUGGUUCUUGGAGGUGGAGGCGCUCGAGGUAUUGCUCAUAUUGGUGUGAUCCGAGCGUUGGAAGAAGCCGGGAUCCCGAUUGACAUUGUGGGCGGUACAAGUAUUGGAGCAUUUAUUGGAGGGUUGUAUGCACGUGAGUCUGACAAUGUGGCUAUCUUUGGACGAGCAAAGAUGUUCGCGGGUCGUAUGGCAGCUAAGUGGCGAAUGGUGGCCGACUUCACAUAUCCAGUGACUUCCUGGACCACAGGACAUGCAUUCAACCGAGGUAUCUGGAAAUGCUUUAGUGACACACAAAUACAGGACUUUUGGUUAUCAUAUUAUUGUAACACAACCAACAUUACGUUUUCGAGGAUGGAGAUUCAUCAAGCGGGCUACGCAUGGCGGUAUAUUCGUGCAUCAAUGUCUCUUUCAGGCUUCUUGCCGCCACUCUGCGAUAAUGGACACAUGUUAGUCGAUGGAGGAUAUAUGGAUAACUUGCCGGUCGAGUUUAUGCAAUCCUUGGGAGCCAACACUGUCUUUGCAGUAGAUGUAGGAAGCGAUGAUGAUACCACGCUACAGCAUUAUGGUGAUAGUUUGUCAGGAUGGUUGGUUCUGUUGAAUCGUUGGAAUCCGUUCUCAACCAUGUACCGAAACAUCCCUAAUUUGGCGGAUUUGCAAUCCAAGUUAGCUUAUGUCUCGAGUGUGAAGCAACUGGAGGCUGCGAAAACUACGCCAGGAGUGUUUUACAUAAAGCCACCGGUUCAAGAGUAUGGUACUCUGGAGUUUUCUAGGUUCUUGGAAAUUUGUGAAGUAGGGUAUGAGUAUGGCAAAGAGAUGCUGGAAAAGUGGACUAAAGAAGGAAAACUGAACCACAUCUUGGUUGCUAACGAAACCGACAAAGGACGUCAGACCAAACGUAUCCGUCGCAACUCGAUAUAA